AUGGCCUCGCUCGCUAAGUUCGUCACCGCCAGUGCCGCCCUCUGCCUGGCCGCGGCCCCUCUCACCGCCGCAGCACCGAACGUGACUGCCGAGCUGAUCCCCGGCGACUGCUCCGUAUACCCGGAGUACGAUGCCUCAACCGGCCAGGCGGGGCCGUGGUCGAUGCAAGCGACGGAUACAGGCGAAUACAUUACCGGCCAUGGACUGACAGCCAUUUACUCCCGCGGCUCAGCUGGCAUCCGAUGGGGAUUCAUGGCCGUGCUUGACAAAGCUGGCGUGGCGCAGAACCCCCUUCGAUGUGUCAACGGAGAAGGCAUUCAAGGCUACGUGCCUACAGGUGUCUCGGGUUACACAUGGCAGAACCUCGUUGCAGCCGAUAUUCCGUACGACGCUCUCUUGAUGUACGAGGUUAACGGCACCGAAAUCCAGCCGUACUCGCAUUACAUCAAUGGAACGAAGCAGAGCGGAAUCUUCUUAGGCUCCGAAGGCUACACGACGUGGGGCUUCAAGAAGGAUACUGACACAGAGCAAGGGACUUACUGGGAGGCAAGACUUCUGGGAGCUGACAGCGAGGACCCUUCCACUGGCAAACCGCUUUUUGAUGGGGAGACUACUGGCUUCCUGAAAGUUUACGGCUCGUAA